AUGUGUCUACUAAAUGUGAGCUGGAUUGGAAUACAAGAUGUGGCAGACUCAGCAGUCCAUUGUACAGAGAAACCUGACACUGAUUUUAAUGCGGGAUUUAUAGGAACAUGCGUUCUCAUUAGCAUCCUAUCCCUACUCAGUGUUAUCGGCACAAUACUAGACAAACACAUCGCCCGUAAAGAAAAGCGGAGACCAUCCCUCCCACCUCUCCCAUCUGACCAAGCCAAUGGGUCAAGUGGAGGUCAGAGGUCAACAGAGGUCAGAGGUGAUAUCUAUGCCAGUGUGGACAAGCGCAGGACUAAAGUGGAAGAUGGUGUGAAGGGGGAAGAAAAUAGCGACCCAGACUCUGUAUAUGCCUGUGUGGAUGACCUCAGGUCAGAUAGGGGCAUUAAAGAUGAAGAAGCUGAAGGUCAAAGGUCAAUUGACAAGCCACAUCUCGAUUCCAGUGUUGAGGGAUAUGGUGCUACAGGGCAGAAAGAAGGGAUAUAUGAAAGCAAAGCUGGUGAUUGUGAGGUUCACAUUGCCUCGGGGCCAGCAUCAGAAACCACUGCUUUGCUUGCUGGAUCUCAUCAUUCAGCAGCCAGUGAGAACAAACCCAAGAACAGUUUGUGGGUGCAGUUUCUUCUCUGUUUUUCCAUGUCUCACAACCUUCCCAGGAUUCUUAGCACCAAGCAGGCUGCAGGAGGCAUCCCCUGUUUGAAUGGGAUCCGGGUUAUUAGCAUUACCUGGGUCAUCUUGGGUCACUCAUUCUCCAUGGUGAUGAACGCUGGCUUAUCAGAAAAUAUCCUUCUUGCCUUGAAAAACUACAUUCAGGAUAUCACCUUCCAGGUCAUUAUUUCUGCACCAUUUGCUGUUGAUUCAUUCUUCUUGCUCAGUGGUCUUCUCUUGUCAUAUCUCGCCUUGAAGAAGAUGAAGGACCAUGAUGGCAAACUUUCCUGGGGAUGGCUCUACUUACACAGAUACAUCAGGUUGACGCCACCCCUGGCUAUGGUGAUUCUAAUCUGGAUGUUCUUCCUACCCACUAUGAGUCAUGGGCCUGUUUCAUAUCGUUUUGAUGCAAAGGUUGACCUCUGCCGGGCUUGGUGGUGGACAGAUCUCCUAUAUAUCAAUAACUUUGUCCCUCCCGGGGUGGAGCAGGAUUGCAUAGCCUGGAGCUGGUACCUGGCCAAUGACAUGCAGUUUUUCAUCAUUAGCCCUCUUCUUCUCAUUCCCAUGUAUUGGUACGGUCUUAAAGGAAUGGUAGUCUUAAUCACCACAUGUGUGGCUAGUUUCAUCACAACUGCAGUGCUUUGUUAUCAGAAUCCAGACUUCAAGGCUGCACUUCUAGCCCAAGGAACGGGAGGUAUGGCGGUCACUGCUCCUGGUACUGGAUACAUGUUUGCAACAGAUUUCCAGGGAAUCGUCUACAACAAACCAUAUUGUCGUAUCCCACCAUACCUUGUGGGCAUGGCCCUGGGCUACGUCAUGUAUGAUAUUGGAAACAAGAAGAUUAAACUAUCUCCAGUAUUUGUAGCAGCUGGCUGGGCCAUUGCUAGCGCCUUGGGCAUAGCGGUGGUCUAUGGUCUCUAUGAUGCGAACAGGGGUGCAUCCAUAACGACUCGCGCUGCUGAUAUCAUGUACCUUACAUUCAGCCGCUUCACCUGGGCCCUGGCUCUUUCCUGGGUCAUAUUCGCCUGCCAUUAUGGAUACGGAGGAGUGGUCAAUGACAUUUUGUCGUGGAACUUCUGGGUGCCCCUCAGUCGAUUGACAUAUUCAACCUACCUUAUACACCCCAUCAUACAGAGCCUGUAUGGCUACAGCUUAGCUCUUCCUAUUCAUUGGUCAAUUAUAACAUUGAGUCACCUGUUUGCGGCCUUUGUGCUCCUGGCGCAUUCCUGUGCUUUGGCCAUGUGUGUCUUGGUAGAGUUUCCAUUUGGAAACAUGGAGAAGAUGUUACAGACCAUUGUCCAGUCAAGGCAUGAGCAAUGUACUUCAUGAGCUCACCUACAUGUAUAGUGAUAUUUCCUACCUAUUU